UAAGAACUGACCUUACAAUUCAGGUUGCAAGUGUAAAUUAAGAUACUGAAAACAUCAAGGUUAAAAUGUGGAGUGAAAUGAGAAAAUGAACUGCAAGAUCAAAUAAGGACGCUUGGUGGCGCUGCAGGCUAAGAAUAUCAAGAUUGGAUUCUGCGGAUGCCCAGGAAGCCAUCUCAUUAACCCGACAGUCAGAACUUUGGAAGGAAGCUUCUCAAAGAGGAGGUAAUUGGGUAGGGUUUAUGGAAGAAUUUGGGGGAAAGGCAUCUCCAUAAUCGGAUUGAGUCUACUAUCUUCACGGACCUUCAUGAGUGGAUUGAAAUCGCCCUGAAGAAGCAGCACCCUCUGGGCUGAAUCUGAACAAUGGAGACAGCACCAGCAAAGACGCUACAGCAAAGGCAAGUCGUUUUUCUUGUUAUCUUGCUGCUUUUGUGGGAGGCUGGCUCUGAGGCAAUUCUAUAUUCCAUGCCAGAAGAGACUGAGAGUGACUACUUGGUGGCUAACCUGUCAAAAGAUCUGGGGCUCAAGGUUGGGGAGCUGGCCACUAGAGGCGCGCAAAUCCACUAUAAAGAAAACAAAGAGCUCUUGCAGCUGGAUGCUGAGACUGGGAUUCUGUUCUUGAAGGAGAAACUGGACCGCGAGGUGCUGUGUGGGGAGACAGAUCCCUGUGUGCUGCACUUCCAGGUCAUUCUGGAAAACCCUGUGCAGUUCUUCCAAACUGACUUGCAGCUCACAGAUAUAAACGACCAUUCUCCAAAGUUCCCUCACAGGGAAAUGCUCCUAAAAAUCCCUGAGAGCGCCCAUCCAGGAACUGUGUUUCCUCUGAAGGCAGCUGAGGACCCUGACAUAGGGAGCAAUGCUGUUCAGAACUACACAGUCAGCCCCAACCUCCAUUUCCACGUUGUUACUCACAGUCGCCCAGAUGGCAGCAAAAACCCAGAGCUGGUGCUGGACAGAGCCCUGGACAGGGAGGAGCAGCCUGAGCUCACUUUAACCCUCACUGCUCUGGAUGGGGGGACCCCUCCCAGGUCUGGGACCACCACAGUGCGCAUUGAAGUCGUGGACAUCAAUGAUAACGCCCCCCAGUUUGUACAGUCGCUCUAUGAGGUGCAGGUCCCUGAGAACAGCCCCCUCAAUGCCUUGGUUGUCAGGGUCUCCGCCAGGGACUUAGAUGCUGGGAAGAAUGGGGAUGUAGCCUACUCUCUGUUCCAAGGUGGUAGAGCAUCUCAACCAUUUGUAAUAGAUGAAACCACAGGAGAAAUUCGGUUGAGCAAAGAGUUGGAUUUUGAGGUAACCAGCUUUUACAACAUAGAAAUUGAAGCCACAGAUGGAGGGGGCCUUUCAGGCAAGUGCACUGUGGCUGUACAGGUGUUGGAUGUGAAUGACAACGCUCCAGAGCUGAUCAUUAGGAAGCUCACAAUACCCAUCCCAGAAAAUUCCCCAGAGACUGUAGUUGCUGUUUUCAGUGUUUCUGACCCAGAUUCCAGGGACAAUGGAAGGGUGGUGUGUUCUAUUCCAAAUGAUCUCCCAUUUCUCUUGAAACCUACUUUCAAGAACUAUUACACCUUAGUGACAGAGGGGCCACUGGACAGAGAGAGCAGAGCCGAGUACAACAUCACCAUCACCGUCUCCGACAUGGGCUCACCCAGGCUCACAACCCAGCACACCAUAGCAGUGCAGGUGUCCGACAUCAACGACAACGCCCCCGCCUUCACCCAAUCCUCCUACACCCUGUCUGUCCGCGAGAACAACAGCCCCGCCCUGCACAUAGGCACCAUCAGAGCCACAGACUCAGACUCUGGCUCCAAUGCCCACAUCACCUACUCGCUGCUGCCGACCAAUGACCCGCAGCUGGCCCUGGCUUCGCUCAUCUCCAUCAACGCAGAUAACGGACAGCUGUUCGUGCUCAGAGCGCUGGACUAUGAGGCCCUGCAGGCCUUCGAGUUCCUUGUGGCUGCAACAGACCAAGGCUCCCCUGCACUCAGCAGCCAGGCGCUGUUGCGCGUGUUGGUGCUGGAUGACAAUGACAAUGCGCCCUUCGUGCUCUACCCUCUGCAGAACGCCUCUGCGCCCUGCACUGAGCUGCUGCCCAGGGCGGCAGAGCCCGGCUACCUGGUCACCAAGGUGGUGGCUGUGGACCGCGACUCUGGCCAGAACGCCUGGCUGUCAUUCCAGCUGCUCAAGGCCACGGAGCCAGGGCUGUUCAGCGUGUGGGCGCACAAUGGCGAGGUGCGCACCACCAGGCUGCUGAGUGAGCGCGAUGCCCCCAAGCACAGGCUGCUGCUGCUGGUCAAGGACAAUGGCGAGCCUCAGCGCUCUGCCAGUGUCACUCUGCAUGUGCUGCUGGUGGAUGGCUUCUCCCAGCCAUACCUGCCUCUGCCAGAGGUGGCGCGCGACCCCGCGCAGGAUGAUGAAGAUGUGCUCACGCUGUACCUGGUCAUCGCCUUGGCGUCUGUGUCUUCACUCUUCCUCUUGUCUGUGCUGUUGUUUGUGGGGAUAAGGCUGUGCAGGAGGGCCAGGGCGGCCUCUCUUGGUGGCUGCUCUGUGACUGAUGGACGUUUUCCUGGCCACCUGGUGGAUGUCAGCGGUACAGGAACCCUGUCCCAGAGCUACCAGUAUGAGGUGUGUCUUAAGGGAGAUACUGGAACAAGCGAAUUUAAUUUUCUUAAACCAUUAUUUCCUAACCUGCCGACCGAGGCAGCUACUGAAGAAAGGGAAAACCCUGUUGUGCGCAAUAGCUUUGGAUUCUAUUAGCUUAUUUUGAAGUGGCGUUUACCUUGUUUCUCCUUAACUCUCCCUGAUAUAGAAUUUUAUAGUGCAUGAAACAAUCCCGAGAUAUAUGCUCAAUUUAUUUUUUUUGUUUUAAACCGAACUAUUCAGGUGUGAUUCUAUUCUAGAAUGUUUGAGUCUACUUCAUAAUGUUUGUUUAUAUUUCUAUCCUCUUCUAAUGCAUGCUGUUUUUUAAUUAUUAUAUUUUUGCUCUUUUAAGUUCUGGUAUUUGCUAUAAUGAAUCAGAACUGCUUUCAUUGUUAGUGGAGCCCUUUUUCUUAUUUGAGAUAGGCUCUGGCUGAUAUGGAAUGGUUAUGUACAGAUUGACUUCAAAUUUAUGAUGAUCCUUCUGCUUCCAUGGCCCUACAUGAUGGAACUAUGAGCAUGGUCAAGCAGGCUCAGGUAGGAGAGCUGCCUUAAUAAAAAUCAAAUACUACUUGUAUUUUCUGUGUAUUCUAGCCACCUUGUUUCUUGACAGUCUACUUGAUGCUAAGUUGAAAAUGAAAACUGUUUUACAGAAUUCUCUUUACAUCAUCGAUGAUGGAGUGAAUAAAAAUGAUGUUGCAAACCUCA